CCCCUCUCAUCCCGUUCUCCUCCCACUCGUUCUCUCUCUCUCUCUCUCUCUCUCUCUCUAAAAACUUUCACCGAUGCCAGACGAUCUCGCCGACGACCUCAACAGCAUGAGCUUCGGCUCAUCGGAGACCAUCUCCACCGCCUCCUCCGCUUCUGGCCCGCUUUCCAGCGGGCCCCACCGCAAGCUCACCUUGGCCGACCUCAGGUUCGUGCAGCGCCUCGGCAGCGGGGACAUUGGGAGCGUGUACCUGGCGGAGCUAAAGUGCGCCUCUCCUUCAGAGGGGUGCAUGUUGGCGGCGAAGGUGAUGGAUAAGAAGGAGCUGGAGGGGAGGAACAAAGAAGGGAGGGCGAGGACAGAGAGGGAAAUACUGGAAAUGUUGGGGCAUCCAUUUUUGCCCAAACUGUACGGAGUAGUGGAGAAUGAACGGUGGUCGUGUCUCCUAACGGAGUUUUGCCCCGGCGGCGACUUGCACGUGCUGAGGCAGCGGCAGCGAGGGAAACGCUUCGACGAGGCCGCCGUCAGGUUAGGCGCCGUCCAAACUCGUAAUCGAACAACCGGUCCGGGGGCGGCUUGCGUGAACCCGUCGGCGCCCUUCAACUCGUCGUCGUGCAUUAUUCCCAACUGCAUCGUGCCUGCGGUUUCAUGCUUUCAUCCGAAGAGCAAGCGGAGGAGGAAGCCUGGACAUCGGAGUGCGGGUGGGCUCGAGUUCGUUGCUGAGCCCGUGGAUUUGAGGUCCAUGUCAUUUGUUGGCACGCACGAGUACUUGGCUCCUGAGAUCGUAUCAGGUGAGGGCCAUGGAAGCACGGUAGACUGGUGGACUCUAGGCGUUUUCAUCUUCGAGCUCCUCUACGGAGUCACCCCGUUCAAAGGAUCCGAUAACGAGCUGACACUGGCAAAUAUCGUCGCCCGUGCACUCGAGUUCCCUAAAGACCCACCGGUAUCAUCCGCCGCAAAGGAUCUCAUAGCGGGGCUGCUCGCUAAGGACCCCAUUAAGCGAAUGGGGUCCGCGACGGGCGCUACAACGAUCAAACGCCACCCCUUCUUCACUAAUGUAAAUUGGGCGUUGCUUAGAUGCGCAUCUCCUCCGUACGUUCCCCCACCGUUCAGUCGGUGCAACAGCAGUCGGGAUGUUUCGGAGGACGACAGCGGUCCGGAUACUCCUGUGGACUACUAUUAG